UUCCAGCCGCCCUGGGGACUCCGCGCGACGCGCUCCUGGCGGGGAAAAGCGGAGGGAGCCGGGCUGCCCCGUCGCCGGACGAGGCCACACCGCGUGAAUAAAGCGCCCGGGCAGCUCGCCGAUCCGGCCACCGCCGCCUCCUGAGCCGGCACCAUGCCCCGCUCCUUCCUGGUGAAGAGCAAGAAGGCGCACAGCUACCACCAGCCCCGCGCCCCCGACGGGGAGUACAGCCUCAGCCUGGAGAGCGUCCUGGCUCAGAUGUGCGCAGACACGAAGGUCCCCCAGGAGAUGAAUCUGGGCCUCGCGGAACCGGAGCUGGCCCCGGGCCGCCUCUCCCCGGAAUCGCAGGUGCCCGACGGGGCGGACGGGGCCUCAGACUCGGCGCCCAGCUGCGAGGGCAGCGUGUGCGACCGAGCAGCCGAGCUGGAGGAUUUCUGGAGGCCGCCUUCCCCCUCGGCCUCGCCAGCUUCUGAGCGCUCCAUCUGCCCGUCAUUAGAUGAGGCAUCCCCCUUCUCAGUGCCCUUGAAACCCUAUGCAUGGAGCAGCCUAGGACGUUCUGAACUGAGACAUUUGGUGCAGACCUACAGGCCUUGCCAGGCUCUAGAACGUAGCUCAUCCCUUGCUCUCUUCUGCGAGCGGAGAUCCGAGUCUAAUCUUUUUGGAUCAGAGCGAAGCUCUGCACUGGGACUCUAUGGUGACUUUGGUUCUCCUGGAUUCUUUGAGCGACCAGCAGCAGGUCCUGGGAUCUAUGUGGAGGCCCCAUCUGGACUUCAACAGGAGAAGAAUGCAAGUGGCAUCAAACUGGAAUCAGACCUUCUCUGUCGCCCUCUUUUGCUAAGCACUGGUUCCUACAAGUGUGUCAAAUGCAGCAAGGUCUUCUCCACUCCACACGGGCUGGAGGUGCAUGUCCGCCGCUCACACAGUGGCACCAGGCCCUUUGCUUGUGAACUGUGCGGCAAAACAUUUGGCCAUGCCGUUAGCCUGGAGCAACACAAAGCUGUACAUUCGCAGGAGCGCAGCUUUGAUUGUAAGAUCUGUGGGAAAAGCUUCAAGCGAUCCUCUACCUUGUCCACUCACCUACUCAUCCACUCAGACACCCGGCCUUAUCCGUGUCAGUACUGCGGGAAGAGGUUCCACCAGAAAUCGGACAUGAAGAAGCACACUUUCAUCCACACAGGUGAGAAGCCCCACAAGUGCCAGGUGUGUGGCAAAGCUUUCAGCCAGAGUUCCAACCUUAUCACCCACAGUCGGAAGCACACCGGCUUCAAGCCCUUUGGCUGUGACCUGUGUGGCAAAGGCUUCCAGAGAAAGGUGGAUUUGCGGAGACACCGGGAGAUGCAACACGGUCUGAAAUGAGAGAUGUGCAGCAUUUUGGCGGGGGGGGGGAGAGAGAGAGACAAUAAAACACUAUGUCCACAGAAUCCCUCUUGCUCCCAGAGGCCCCGCCUCUUCCUGCCCCCUCACUCUGCCUCUCUGCACUGUUCCUUCGGCCCACUUCCUGCCACACCCUCACUAAACAGGAAGUCCCAGCAGGCUUGCUGGCAUUUUGCAGAACUUGAUUAAAAUGUCAUGGGAUGAAAAUGGAAUGCUUUGGCUGAAGGGAGGUGGAGCGAGGCCUCUCCUUUCCCCCAUUUCUCUUUAAAAUUAAACACUGAAAGGGAAAAAAAAUCAUACAUGCCCCCCCCCACGUUGAAGUCAUGAGGCCCUAUAAGGAUAAGCUAUGUGGUACCUAUGAAGCAGAAAGUGUCCCUUCCCCUUGAAUUCCCCAGUUAACCUUGAUUGUCUGAAAAUUAAUUUUCUGGGAAACCUGAAUUACAUGGUAAACACACUGAGUAACAUAAAACAUGUGUAAUGUCUUUAUUUUGCACCAUGUAAUUGAUUUCAUUAAGUAUUUUCUGCCUGGGAAUGUUUUCAGAGUCAAUAGAGCUCUGAUUUUGUCUUUCUCUUUAUAAUACAGAGAUGAGCAGGACCAAGUCUGGAAAAAAAAAAAAAGAAUGGUCAAAAUGUUCCCAAAUCUGUUGCUAACCGUGGUGUUCGGUCUUGAAUUCAGUCGUUUGCACAUUACCUGGUAUCUAUCUGGCCAUAAAGGGCAAUUUGGGAAAUGAAACAUCAGAAGCAAUAUUCUAAAAGUACACACAGGAUCUUAAUGACUUCCCAAACCAUAGCCUGGAAGUGGAAUGCUUGGGCCUUUCAUUCAUGUAUGACAUGGAGAAAUGUCUUCUCUCAUGAUAGCACUGCAGAGAUUAGGAGAGGCUCUAUGCAUGUGACAGAGCUCGAACCCUCAAUCGUGGCCCCCUUCUGCUACUCUUACCAAGCAUACAUUAUGCAAGUGUGUGCCACAAAGAACAGUAAACAUUUUGAACUUCUCUUUGAAAGGCAGGUGUUAAAUCAUAGGAGGCAUUGAGUCAGACACCUCUUAUACUUUGGUGGGAAUUCUCAGGGAAGGAACCAUAAUUGCCUUCUCAAAAUUAAGGCCAGAAGAAACUCCUCCCAAGUCCCUUCACAGGCUUCCAUCCAUCCAGGUGGUCCUGGACUCCAUUUUUAGCACUGUCGGAUACUGUGGUACCUCUUAGGCAUUUAUUUUCUGUUGAAGUGUAUUAUAUGGAAUAAAUGGGGCCUGGUUAUGGUUGCUAGGUUACAGACUGCCUUACUUGCAUAGUUUUGGUCUUGAGUUGCAACCCUUCCUCCCUGCCAUUGCCAGCAUAACCCUGUCCAGUUUGAGUCAGGACCCUGGUGUGAUUUAUUGGGGGCUUUAACCACUUGCUCCAAUCUGGACCAGAGAGCCUGAUGCCUGCAAUUGUGCAUUACCAGGAAAGGUGCUGUUAAAAUGAUGGAGACUUUCUUAUUAAUUUAAACUGCAGCUGUUAUCCCAACCCUUCCUGAUGAUUCAGACUGGGACUACAGCAGCAGGAGGAAAAUCCUCCACCACUGUUACACUAUGUUAUGAUCUUAAUUGGGAGUCCUUCACUGGCAGUUUCUGAGAGAGAGAGAAAAACCUUAAACACCUCAGGACUUAUUCACGUAAGCUAAAGCCAGGACCAUUCCCAUAACUUUCCUCUACACCUGCUCAGAUCUAGACAGCUUCAGCAUGUCACCAUGUUCAUUCCUUUAACAAUAACUUCCCAAGCCCUGCAUGCAUGUGCAUAUGUGCACAUGGUCUUUACUCUGCAUCUACUGGGAAGGCAACUUCCAACAAGGAGCUGAAAAGGAAGAGUGUGGAACAUAAAGCAAGUUAUGCCUUCUUAUUUAGACACUGAUAUGGUUUCCUCUUGAAUGCAAAAGGGCCAAACUAAGGGAAAGAGACUCCUUCAAUGUUUAAUAAUGAGUAGACGAGACAUAGCCAAUGUGCUUCUGAUACACUGGUUUGAAUAGUAGGGCUCUUUGCUCUGAAAUGGCCCUGUGCCUGGAAGGACCCAGGAACUGGUGUGUAUUUAUAGUACAGAUUUGCCUUAACUAAUCCUCUGCAUACCUCAUUGGGGGGAAAUAAUAUGUAUGUACUUUAUAGGUAAGAUUGUAAAAGCCUAUUUAGAUUUUACAGUGUGACAUAUGUUCGCUGACAUGUAUUUAUUGGAAAAUUGUUUUAAAUUAAUAAAGUACUGAGGAUGCUCA